GACAGCUUCACAGCAAGCGCGACCGCUACAUCUUCAAUUUACAGCCCCAAAAAAAGGCUUUUUCAACGUAACUUCUACCUUUACGCGGCCGCAGCUAGACAUAUUUACAUGGUUUUUGGCAGCUAAUCCAGUGGACACAACGCCAACUGUGUGCUAGCGUAGAUUAUGUAGUUCGAUUGUUUGUUUGUCAGGUGUGACAGACGAGUCUCUGGGAAGACACCAGCUAACCCUGAUUCAUCGUUGAGAUCGAGGACUUCAAAGUGGCCGAAAUGGAUGAACAAAGUGUUGAGAGCAUCGCCGAGGUGUUUCGCUGCUUCAUCUGCAUGGAGAAACUGCGGGACGCUCGCCUCUGCCCACACUGCUCCAAACUGUGCUGCUUCAGCUGCAUACGACGGUGGCUGACGGAGCAGAGAGCCCAGUGUCCACACUGCCGGGCUCCGCUCCAGCUGAGGGAGCUGGUGAACUGUCGCUGGGCGGAGGAGGUGACCCAGCAGCUGGACACCCUGCAGCUCUGCAGCCUCACCAAGCAUGAGGACAACGACAAGGACAAAUGUGAGAACCACCAUGAGAAGCUGAGUGUUUUCUGCUGGACCUGUAAGAAAUGCAUCUGUCACCAGUGUGCUCUGUGGGGAGGCAUGCAUGGCGGCCACACCUUCAAGCCUCUGGUGGAGAUCUAUGAGCAGCACGUGACCAAAGUGAAGGAGGAGGUCGCCAAACUCCGACGCCGCCUCAUGGAGCUCAUCAGUCUGGUGCAGGAAGUGGAGAGGAACGUGGAGGCUGUCAGGGGAGCAAAGGACGAGAGGGUCAGAGAGAUCCGAAACGCUGUGGAGAUGAUGAUCGCUCGUCUGGACAACCAGCUGAAAAACAAACUCAUCACCCUCAUGGGCCAGAAGACGUCCUUGACCCAGGAGACGGAGCUGCUGGAGUCUCUGCUGCAGGAGGUGGAGCAUCAGCUUCACUCGUGCAGUAAGAGUGAGCUGAUCUCAAAGAGCCCGGAGAUCCUGCUCAUGUUCCAGCAGGUCCACAGGAAGCCCAUGCAGUCCUUCGUCACCACCCCCGUCCCCCCAGACUUCACCAGUGAGCUGGUUCCUGCCUACGACUCCAGCACUUUUGUUCUGGUCAACUUCAGCACCUUGAGGCAGCGGGCCGACCCGGUCUACAGUCCUCCUCUGCAGAUCUCCGGGCUCUGCUGGAGGCUUAAAGUCUACCCCGAUGGGAACGGUGUGGUCCGUGGAAACUACCUCUCUGUGUUCCUGGAACUGUCUGCUGGACUCCCUGAAACUUCAAAGUAUGAGUACCGUGUGGAGAUGGUCCAUCAGGCCUCCAGCGACCCGACCAAAAACAUCAUCAGAGAGUUCGCCUCUGACUUCGAGGUCGGGGAAUGCUGGGGCUACAACCGCUUCUUCAGACUCGACCUUCUGGCCAGCGAGGGAUACCUGAACAUGCAGACGGACACGCUGGUCCUCCGAUACCAGGUCCGCUCCCCCACCUUCUUCCAGAAGUGCAGAGAUCAGUACUGGUACAUCAGCCAGCUGGAGUCUGCUCAGAGCGGGUACAUCCAGCAGAUCAACAACCUUAAAGAGAGAUUAGCCAUUGAGCUUUUUCGGCGUCAGACGUCGCGCAGCUCCUCUCCCCCCGACAUGAGGCUGGCUUCAGGCCCCACCACCUCUGAGAGAGACCCUCGCUCCGUGAAGAGCGACGACGACAUCCAGACCACUCUGACCAGCGCUAAAAAAGUUGAGGAAGAGGAGAGGACUCACGAUGACUCUAAUGAGCUGUCAGACGGGGACCUGGAGGUGGACUGUCUGACGGAGGAGGAGGUGAACCCGCUGGACGGCAGCAGCACCUCGGGCAGCUCCACUGCAACCAGCAACACCGAGGAGAACGACAUCGACGAGGAAACCAUGUCUGGAGAGAAUGAUGUAGACUUCAUCGGGAAUCUGGAGACAGAAGAAGGAGAGCUUCCUGAUGACCUGGCUGGAGCAACAGGUGGCUCCAACUCUGGGGUGCGUUCCUCUCAUCGCGGGGCCGCUGGCAGUCGUGGCGUAACGGUGGCAGGGGGGUCGGGCAGUAGCAGCCUGCUGGAGAUCGACCCGGUCAUCCUAAUCCAGCUGCUGGACCUGAAGGAGCGCAGCAGCGUGGAGUCUCUGUGGGGCCUCCAGCCACGGCCGCCUGUCUCUCUGCUGCACAGCCAAGCUCAUUCCCACUCCAGGAAAGAGCGAGAGCGGCGUCCUCAGGCGGUGCGGCGCUCGGCUCCUGACUCGGGGGUCCUGAUCCGCCUGAAGGCUCAGAUGGCCGAGGUCCGCAGCAAGAUGUCGGACGUCAAGUGUCAGGUGCUGGAGGCUCGGGGGACCGGAGAGCCCCGGCCGGGCUCUUCUGGGGGCUUCAGUGUGGAGGACGUCCCCUCUCACCACUCUGACUCAGAGGUGUCCGCCUGUCGUAAGCCCGGAGAGCUGGACCUGCUGGGGAGGGCAGUUGCAGCUAGAGCCAGGCCCGGCCGCCCCGCCAGGAAAUCCCUGUCCCCUGUCCUGGACAGCAGCGGCUCUCCGGUGGUGAAGAGGAGGAGUUCGGAGGAGCUGGAGAAGGAGCUGAGAGGAGCUGAUGUAGCCUCAGAGCUCAGCCUGCACCCUAAAGAGGGGCUGGGAGGAGCAGAGGGAGUGCUGAAGGCUGAGGGUCCCCAGGGGCCCCUCGUGUCUCUCUGCAGCUCCUCCUCUGAGCAGGCCUCCACCUCCAAGCAGCAGUACUCUGUGGUGGAGCAGCUGUACGGGGCCUCGGGGGCCAGGGACGAGAUUUUCUCCUUGGGAGGGCCCAGCUACAUGACCACCAGCAAGACCUCUGGCAGCAGGACCCUCGGGGCGGCCAUGUUGGAUUGUGAAUCUGAAAGCUCAGGAAUCUCCCAUCACUCCCUGCUGGAGGGGCCCUCUGCACAGCCUCAGUCAGAAGAUAAGUCUCCGUGUGUCCUGGUGGCCGCGGCGAGCACCGACAGCGACUCUGAAGACGAGGCUCUGCAGAGCAACAACUCUCGCUACGACAACCAUACUCCUCCCUGCACAGGUAACACAGGAGAGCAGCUUCUGUCUGAGGACUUGAGUCUGCCGGCUGACAGGUGAUUCCCUCUGAAGCGGCUCCAUCCUCUCACACUCACUUCUGUUACACACACCUGUAGGAGUAGGAACGGCUUGUUGUGCAUGAUUUGGAAAGGGAAGAUGAUUGCAACGCUUCUGCUGCUCGGUAUCCCAGAUAUUAGGCCUGUGGUUGAGCUGGUGCUCACAGUCCAGGUGACCAUGUUGUUAAAGCGAUGGUUUAGAUGUUUUGAAGCUGGGGCUUUGGAAGACUCCUACUCAAAUCCAGUGUUACUACAGAGUGUUCCGGAAUAGCAGACAGGAGUGUGUGAGCGGAGGUAAAGCUAUGCACUGCACUGAGCUGAUUAAAUUGUGUGCUAUAUUAAGAACAUUUUCACAGCUCUACUCUGCUGACAGAAGCCACCAGACUCCAUUUACAAAAACUGUGAUUCUAACUCCCAGAACAGUUGCUGAUCCACUUCUGCCUCGUUUGGUGAGUUAGGUUUUAUAGUAGGUUAUUUAUUAGGUCACACAAAAAACGACGUGAUGGAGGCGUUUCGUAGAUCAUCAACCUCCGUUUCUGCAAGGUAAAAUUACAAUGGAGUCUGGUGGCUUUAAAGAGAGCAUGCCAUACCUCCUCUGUGUCUUUAAAGUGGGGGACUGUCUACUGUCACUUCAAAACAUCCAAACUAUCCCUUUCAUAGUGUCUGAAACUAACAUGUCCAUCCUUUCAUAUCUUUAAGAAUUGGACUGACUCUAUGUCUAAAGAUUUAUUUCUGACCUUUCGUUGCGUUGCAUUUAUAUCAAUAGAUACUUUUUUCACGGUCAGUUCACUAAAUACUCUGCAGGAAACGUUUGUUCGGGCUACGACUCUUUAAAGCCUGUUGGUGUACUUUUUAUUUUGCAGAGAUUAAAAUCUACAGGGCAUUUAGUCACUUUAAUGACCAUAAAUCCGCUCAGAGCAGAAAGGCUUUGUAAUUCAGGUCUACAGGAUAUCUGCCAGAUUCUGAGAACAUCAUCUGUCAGUGAGAGCUGUCUUCAGUCAGCACGUCCAAUCCACUCCCUUCACCAUCGAGCCUCUGCACGUCCUAAUACUCUAAUCACUGCUCAAACCUUCAGUUUCAGUGACACUGCGGCUCUCCCUCCCCCCAAACUUUGUUUAGAGCCCUUUUCCUGUCAUUGAUGUAAAUGUGUUCUCCGUUUAUAACAGCAGUCUGUCUUGCGUGACAUUUGAAAAGGUUAAAUGAUCACUGAAUCACACAGAUUAUGAAACUACGGAUGUCUGCGGGCUGAAACUGUAAGACAUGAAGCACAUGUGCAAGCAGGUGUUUCAGCUUCUGCUUGGACUUCACGGACCGACCCGCACUACACUUAUUACACUGAAGCCUUUUUUUAAUUCAUUUAAAGGAACGUUUUGAAUGAAGUUUAGUUAAAAUGCUUGUUCCAUUUCUUGCUGAGAGUAGGACAAAUAGAUCAACAUCACUCUCGUGUUUGUACAGUAUCUAAAGACGCUUUAGCUCUCUCUGGUUAGCUUAGCAUAAAGACUCUUGAGGUGGAAACUCUGAGAUACGCGGUGACGUCACAGCAGGAAAAGCACAGAUGUGACAUUUAACAUUAACCAGGGCUCUGUUUUAUUAAAGUGUCCCAGUGAGCCGACAUGAACGAAACCAGGACCCUUAAAAGAUGAAGCAGCUCUUAUUCACCGGUGCUUUCCUUACUUCCUCAUGUCGAAAUGUCUCCUGUGGAAAAGACUGCAAAAGUAUUCUGAGGAAAGGGUUGAUUCACCCAGGAUCUCUGCCUCUCACACACACCCAGUGAAAAUCAGGGAUCAAGUAAUAGACAUUUUUGACCCUUUACAAAAAAAGGCAUAUUACUAUAUUGGUUGACAUUUACAUACAUAGUUUUGUCCAACACUAAGAUACCCAAUUAUAGGAAAGUAACACCGUGUUUAAAGUGAGAAACGGCGUCGUCUCUCCAGAAUAACGUCCCUGUUCCCGUGUGUCUCCCAUUGGAAACUGUUGACACUGUUCUGAGGGUUAAUCAGAGUAACAGCGACGCUUCCUCUAGAAAAAGACACUUUCCAUAUGUCAGCCCCACAAAUGAAAUUCCUUUUAUAUUUAUUGUGUGGGUGAAGAGGCAGAGACUCUUAAAGCUGAAGCUGCGCUGCAUCCUAGGCUUUUUUAAUUUAACGAGCAGCUGACGGCAAAGGUUAUAAAAAUCAGUGUAAUUAUGAAACGUGUGCUCGGUGCUGAUCUGAUGGCUCGCUGCUUCACCGGCUUUUCCUGAUGGAUUUAUUAUUUUUCACCUCAAUACUCCCAACACACACGAGUCAAAGGCCUCUGCUGCAGGAGGAAACUCAAUUCCAACAACAACAAGUAGAGCCUUUCCUCUUUAUUGAGCCACAUCUUAAUUUAAAGGUCUAUCAAUCUCUGGAUCCAAAAUAAUGACAUUAAAAGUCCUUCGUUUACUUGGUGAAUAUCCAGUGUAUGCAGAGGCAAAGCUUGCUGAUCGUGUGUGUGCCUGAAAGUGCAUGGCUUUUUCUGCAAGGAGGAGGAUCUUUGUACCAAGAGGUGUUGAGCUGAAAUCAUUCCUCGAGUGAAGCUAAUAUUUGAAAAGUGUUAACGCCUCAUCUCCAGUCCUCCUCAUCGUGUCCUUUUUGUUACUGUUUCUUUACACGAUGGAGGCUCUCACUAACAAUCCCCCCUUUUUGUGCUUCCUGUGUCAAAGCUGCUUUUUUAUUUUGAAUGUUCCCAGAAUGCAUUAUUUAACGUGUACAUUUCCUUAUUGUGUAGUAAAUAAAUAAAAUGUUUUACGACCCCUGGAAAUCAAA